GACAAGGAAAUGAUAGAAAGCUCAAUGGGUGAACUGAGAGUGAAAGAGGCAGAAAUGGUGAGAGAAAAGGAGAACAUGGAAAAGAAGAUGGCUAGACUCAAAGAGGAAGAGGAUAGAAUGCGGGAAGAAAUAGGAAGGAAGAUGGACAACUUAAAGCAGGACAGUUAUGAAAUCAAAAGACUUAGAGAUGAAAUUGACAGUGAAAAGAACCAACUGAAUGCAAAAUUGCUUGAGUUGGAAAAAAUGCGUGAAGAACUAGAUAGAGAGAAGAAGGAAGUGAAAGACAAGGAAGGAUGAAACACUGAAAGAAAAAGAUCAGUUGGAAGAGAGGCGAGGUAAGAUAAGUAAGGAGAAAGAGGAAUUGGAUAUCAGUCUUGAACUGAUGAAAAGACAAAGGGAAGACUUGACGAGCUUGAAGGCUGAAGCAGAAGCACAGACCGAGCCUAUGGAAAAUGACUGGAAGGAACAGCUCACGAAGGAAAGACAACAACUUGAAGAUGUAAAGGAGGAGAUACAGAAGGAAAAAGAAGCCUUUGAGAGAAAAAAGGGAUUGACUAUGAAAGAGAGAGAUGAGUUUGAUCUGAUGAAGUCUGAAACCCAGGGACAAUUGGAGGAAAUGGAACAAAACAAACAAGACAUUCGUGUGGAGAAGGAAAAGCUGGAUCAGAUCAAAGCUGAGUUAGAAAGACGGUCUGAAGACAUAAAUCAGGUCAUGGAUGAGACAAGACGGGAGAGGGGGAAGGUUGAAGAACUGGCUAUCCAAACUCAAAAACAAAGAGAAGAAAUGGUGGGUUUAAUGGAAAAGAACAAAGAAAAGCAGAACGAACUGGAACUCAUGAAUGACAAGAUUGAAAGAGAGAAACAAGACAUCGAAGAAAGUCGGGAUGUGCUAACAAAGGAGAGAGAGGAGCUGGAACAAAUGAGGAAUGAGACACAGCAACAGAGAGAGGAGACAGAAUCUCACAUGGAAGACCAAAGGAAAGAGAAAGAACAUUUGGAACAAAUGACGAUGGACAUGAAAAAAGCAGUUGCUAGAGGUGGAUAAUGACAAGGAAAUGAUCGAAAGCUCAAUGGGUGAACUGAGAGUGAAAGAGGCAGAAAUGGUGAGAGAAAAGGAGAACAUGGAAAAGAAGAUGGCUAGACUCAAAGAGGAAGAGGAUAGAAUGCGGGAAGAAAUAGGAAGGAAGAUGGACAACUUAAAGCAGGACAGUUAUGAAAUCAAAAGACUUAGAGAUGAAAUUGACAGUGAAAAGAACCAACUGAAUGCAAAAUUGCUUGAGUUGGAAAAAAUGCGUGAAGAACUAGAUAGAGAGAAGAAGGAAGUGAAAGACAAGAAGGAUGAAACACUGAAAGAAAAAGAUCAGUUGGAAGAGAGGCGAGGUAAGAUAAGUAAGGAGAAAGAGGAAUUGGAUAUCAGUCUUGAACUGAUGAAAAGACAAAGGGAAGACUUGACGAGCUUGAAGGCUGAAGCAGAAGCACAGACCGAGCCUAUGGAAAAUGACUGGAAGGAACAGCUCACGAAGGAAAGACAACAACUUGAAGAUGUAAAGGAGGAGAUACAGAAGGAAAAAGAAGCCUUUGAGAGAAAAAAGGGAUUGACUAUGAAAGAGAGAGAUGAGUUUGAUCUGAUGAAGUCUGAAACCCAGGGACAAUUGGAGGAAAUGGAACAAAACAAACAAGACAUUCGUGUGGAGAAGGAAAAGCUGGAUCAGAUCAAAGCUGAGUUAGAAAGACGGUCUGAAGACAUAAAUCAGGUCAUGGAUGAGACAAGACGGGAGAGGGGGAAGGUUGAAGAACUGGCUAUCCAAACUCAAAAACAAAGGGAAGAAAUGGUGGGUUUAAUGGAAAAGAACAAAGAAAAGCAGAACGAACUGGAACUCAUGAAUGACAAGAUUGAAAGAGAGAAACAAGACAUCGAAGAAAGUCGGGAUGUGCUAACAAAGGAGAGAGAGGAGCUGGAACAAAUGAGGAAUGAGACACAGCAACAGAGAGAGGAGACAGAAUCUCACAUGGAAGACCAAAGGAAAGAGAAAGAACAUUUGGAACAAAUGACGAUGGACAUGAAAAAAGCAGUUGCUAGAGGUGGAAAAUGACAAGGAAAUGAUAGAAAGCUCAAUGGGUGAACUGAGAGUGAAAGAGGCAGAAAUGGUGAGAGAAAAGGAGAACAUGGAAAAGAAGAUGGCUAGACUCAAAGAGGAAGAGGAUAGAAUGCGGGAAGAAAUAGGAAGGAAGAUGGACAACUUAAAGCAGGACAGUUAUGAAAUCAAAAGACUUAGAGAUGAAAUUGACAGUGAAAAGAACCAACUGAAUGCAAAAUUGCUUGA